UUGGGAAAGAGUAUUUCUUUCCGGUGAUGUGAUCGAACAGUGUUUGUGGGCAGUAUUUCCGUCGUUUUAUAUUUGUAGGAUAUCAGAGUUUGUCAAGUAAAUAAAGUUGGAAGUAGAUGGGAAGUUUUUGAUGUGAUACUACACGUGGUAUGAUGCUUUAUUGUACUCAUGGUUUUCAACGAAGUAAGGGAUAAUAAUUACUAAAUGAAUGGUAGUUACUGAUAUUGUUUCAAAAUGAGAUUAUAGUCCAGUAGAUGUAUCGCGUGGUUUGGUAGUAAGAACGUUCAUGUGCCUACGGAAAGCGAUUUGCAUGUGUGGUACUUGUGUACGAUUGUGUGUGGGGAAAGGGAUGAACUUCUCAUGAAAAAAAAAAGUUACAGAAAGAAUUUUGAAGCAUGGAUGAACAAGCUCUUCUUGGGCUAAACCCUAAUGCCGAUGCUGUUUUUAGGAAAAGGGCAUUGACCUAUUUUGAGCAGCUGAAAACUUCCCCUGAUGCUUGGCAAGUUUGUGCGGAGGCUUUAGCACAAGGUCUGCACAGUGACGACCAUGUGAAGUUCUUCUGUUUCCAGGUGUUGGAACAUCAGAUAAAGUUCAAAUAUUCAAGCCUCACUGAAGUACAGCAGCAGCUGAUUAGAGAUACACUCAUGACAUGGCUGCAAGCUCAGAUUGUAACUUCGCAACCUGAGAAAGCCUUCAUUCGAAACAAAGCAUCCCAAGUGUUUGCAUUGCUAUUUGUUGCAGAGUACCUUACCAAGUGGCUGUCAUUUUUUUUUGAUAUCCUUUCCAUAGUUUGUUUAAAUCCCCAAGGCGUGGAUCUUUACCUUCGAAUCUUAAUGGCUAUAGAUGCAGAGGUGGUAGAUCGAGAGAUAGUUCACACACCUGAGGAGUGUCGUCGAAAUACGUUGAUAAAGGAUAGGAUGAGGGAACAGUGCAUCUCAACUCUGGUGGACUCAUGGUAUCAGAUCCUUUGCAUUUAUCAAGCCAGUAACUCAGAAAUAAUUUGUCAGUGCCUUGAGGUUGUUGGUGCCUAUGUGUCAUGGAUAGAUUUGAGCUUCAUAGCAAAUGACAGGUUUGUAAAUGUCCUCCUGAAGUUCAUGUCUGUGGAUGUCCUUCGUGAAGAAGCAUGUGACUGUCUCUCUGAAAUUGUAAACAAAGGGAUGGAUCCUGUUGAUAAAAUGAAAUUGGUUGAAUCUUUAUGCCAAGUGUUGCAGUCAGCUGGUUUCUUCAGUAUUGAACAGGAGGAGGAUGUGGACUUUCUGGCAAAGUUUUCAAAACUUAUUAAUGGAAUGGGUCAAUCCUUAAUAGCGAGCUGGAGCAAACUAUUGAAAAAUGGUGACCUUAACAAUGCUCAAAUGACCCUUCAAGCCACAGAAGCCAAGAUAUCACUUAUGCUUCAGUUACUUAAUCAUGAAGAUGAUGAUAUCUCCUCAAAUAUAAUUGGAUUUUGUUAUGAUUAUCUGCACACUUUGAAACAGCUUUCAAUCCUGUCAGAUCAACAAAAUGCUAACGUAGAGGCUAUAAUGUUGACUGUUGUAAAGAAGCUCACAUACGAUGAAGAAUAUAAUUUUGAAAAUGAGGGUGAGGAUGAAGCCAUGUUUGUAGAGUACAGAAAACAGCUGAAGCUAUUGUUGGACAGAGUGGCACAGGUUUCACCCGACCUCCUUUUGACUACUGUCUGUAGAGUUUUUAACAGUGCAUUACAGAAAUGGCAGUGUACACAGUUUAUGGAGGUUGAAGUGGCUAUUAGGCUGUUGUACAUGUUGGGAGAGGCUCUUCCAGCAUCGCAUGGUGCCCAUUUUUCUGGGGAUACCAACAAAGUUAAUGCCGUGCAAGAGAUGAUGCGAACUUUGGUGACAUCAGGAGUCAGUGCAUACCAGCAUACAUCAGUAACUCUGGAAUUUUUUGAAACAGUGGUUCGCUAUGACAAAUUUUUCAUGGUUGAACCUCAACACAUUCCCACGGUUUUAUUGGCAUUUUUGGAUCAUCGAGGGCUUCGGCAUCCUAGUCCAAAAGUACGAAGCAGAGUAGCAUAUCUGUUUUCCAGAUUUGUGAAAUCUUUAAGCAAGCAGAUGAAUACGUUUAUCGAAGAAAUACUGGACAGAAUGCAAGAUCUGCUGGAGCUGUCUCCUCCUGAAAAUGGCUACCAUGCACUUUUAUCCAGUGAUGAUCAAAUGUUUAUUUAUGAGACUGCUGGAAUUUUAAUAGUCAAUAGCGAAUUCCCAGCAGAAAGCAAAGAAGUUUUGAUGAGAAAUUUGCUGAGCCCUCUAAUGGAAAAAUUUAAACUUUUUCUGGAUAAGCUGAUUAUGGAGGAGAAUGAAGAAAAGACGGCAACUCUAGCAGAUUGCAUCAGUCAUGCUGUGAGUUUUGCUAGUCGCACCAGUAAGGCUUUCAGCAAUAAACAGACUGUGAAGCAGUGUGGCUGUUCUGAAGUGUAUCUGAAAUGUUUAGAAACAUUUCUGCCAGCUCUUAGCUGCCCAUUGCAUAAAGAAGUACUGAGAAGUGGUGUUCGAACUUUUCUCCAUCGCAUGAUUAUCUGCUUAGAAGAAGAAGUUCUUCCAUUUAUUCCUGUUGCCUCAGAACACAUGCUUAAAGAUUGCGAAGCAAAGGAUUUACAAGAAUUCAUCCCACUAAUUAACCAGAUUACUGCCAAAUUCAAGGCGCAGGUUUCCCCAUUUCUGCAACAGAUGUUUAUGCCACUGAUUCAAGCAAUAUUUCAAGUUUUGAACAGACCUGCAGAGGAUAAUGAUCAAUCUGCUGCUCUAGAAAAACAGAUGUUGAGGAGAAGUUACUUUGCUUUCUUGCAGACCGUUGUUGGAAGUGGCAUGUGUGAAGUUUUGUCUAAUCAGGGUUCAGAAAAUGUGGAGCAAGUGGUAUUCACUGUUAUUCAAGGAGCUGUUGAAUUUCCAGACCCAAUUGCACAGAAAACUUGCUUUAUAAUACUUUCCAAACUCGUAGAACUUUGGGGUGUUAAGGAUGGACUAGUUGGCUUUAUCGAUUUCAUCUACAAACGUAUUGUUCCUGCUUGCUUCUUGGCACCAAUGAAGCCAACAUUUGAUUUAUCUGAUGCUCAAACAGUUCUGGUUUUGUCAGAAUGUGCUGUGACUCUAAAGACAAUUCAGCUAAAAAGGGGACCAGAAUUUAUUCAGUACCUUCAGCAAGAAUAUUUGCCAUCACUUCAGAUAGCCCCUGAUAUGAUACAAGAAUUUUGCCAGGUACUUCAGCAGACUGAUUCAAAGGUUUUCAAGAAUUAUUUAAAGGUUUUCUUUCAAAGAGCAAAAACUUGAAGGAUUUACUGGACUGUAUUCUAAGAUCCCUUCUCAGGAAUUUGUUUUGCUUGUAUAUGCAGGUGACUUCACAAAGAAGCAUUUUUUAUUGACUUGUGCCAUUAAAAGGAAGUGUUUGUAACAGAGUUUCAUCUGUACUUAAUAAACAUGCCUAUUUUAAUUGACA